CACUUGGCCUGGCGCCGGGUCCAGAGAGCUCAGCCCGCCGGCGAGUGCGCACCUGAGUCCGCACCUCUCACGGCUUGCGCGACCCCUGCCUUCCCGGGCCCCUCGGCGCGCGGCAUGGCGCCUUCCCAGGUCCUCGCGUUCGGGCUCCUGAUCCUGGCGGCGACGGCGGCGGUGGGCACGGCCCAGGAAGGAUGUGACUGUGAAAACUACAGGAUGACCACAAACUGUUUUUUGAACGGAGAUGGUCAAUGCCAGUGUACCUCCUAUGGUACACAGAAUCCUGUCAUUUGCACAACUCUGGCUUCCAAAUGUUUGGUGAUGAAGGCAGAAAUGACUCACUCAAAGUCUGGGAGGAGAGUGAAGCCUGAGGGAGCGAUCCAGAACAAUGACGGACUGUACGAUCCCGACUGUGAUGAGCAUGGGCUCUUCAAAGCCAAGCAGUGCAAUGGCACAGCCACAUGCUGGUGUGUGAAUAGUGCUGGCGUCCGGAGGACCAACAAGGACACAGAGAUCCAGUGCUCCGAGACCGUGCGGACCUACUGGAUCAUCAUUGAACUAAAACACAAGGAAAGACAACAGCCUUACGACCUUCAAAGCCUACAGAUGGCACUUAAGGAGAUGAUCACAACCCGUUACCAGCUGAAUCCAAAAUUUAUUACAAAUAUUCUGUAUGAGAAUGAUGUUAUCAUUAUUGAUCUGAUGCAAAAUUCUUCUCUGAAGACUCAGAAUGAUGUGGACAUAGCUGAUGUGGCUUAUUAUUUUGAAAAAGAUGUUAAAGGUGAAUCCUUGUUCCGUUCUAAGAAAAUGGACCUGAGAGUAAAUGGGGAACAACUGGAUCUGGAUCCUGGUCAAACUUUAAUUUACUAUGUUGAUGAAAAACCACCUGAAUUUUCAAUGCAAGGUCUAGCAGCGGGUGUUAUUGCCGUCAUUGUGGUUGUGAUAAUAGCAAUUAUCGCUGGAAUUGUUGUGCUGAUUAUUUCCAGAAAGAAGAAAACAGCAAAGUACGAGAAGGCUGAGAUCAUCUGGCUUACCUGAUUUGAUGGCCGCAGGACUAGGGGACUGACUACCCCCGAACCGAACUGUGACAGACAGGCAGAAUGCUGAUGUGGUAUUAAGGCAAUAUAGACAUGAGUUUGACCAUUUAUCAGCUAAACAAGUAAUAUAACUUCUAUAAACCUCUUGUUUCCACAUCUGCAAGAUGGAGAUAAUAGUACAGCCUAUUGUAAGGAUUAAACAAAAUCGUUUGUGUAAAGUGUUGGUCCAGUGCUUGCCACAUAGUGAGAACUUUCCCAACAAUAGUAGUCAUCGCUGUCUCAGUUCUGUUUGUAACUAUGUGAUUUUUAAUUCCGAACUUCAAUUUUUUCACCUAUAAAGUGAAAGAUUGAUAAUAGUGAAUUUGUUCUUGCUAGGUAUAAAAACAGCACGCAUUUAGUAUGAAUCUGUUCUUAAAGAUCUAGCUUACUGCUACUUUCCCCAGUCUCUUUGGCCAUCUUGUUUCAAGGAGCAGCUUGGAUCAUGCACUCAAUAUGUGUUUCUUUGUAAUAAAACUUUCAGUCUCUA